CUCUCAUAUUUACAGAUGAGCUGAUAGAAGAAUGUUUGUCUCUAUUAACAUAAUAAAGUUAAAGAUAAAUUUAACAGACAGUUAUUUUCUUUCCAUUUUAGGACUAUGUUUGUUUAUCGAAGAUGGUUAUCUACAUAAGAAGACGGGGUUAUGUAAGCAUUAUUAUGAGAACCGGAAUAGUGAGUCUAAUGUUGCUGGUUCCCAUCACAAUGCAAGAAGACAGUUACAGCCAGGAGGUGAGCCAGAAUUAACAGAAAACAUACAUAUUUAUGAUGGAGCUGACUUCGAAGAGGUGACUAAAACGACGUUGUUUGUCGACAAAUCACUACUUAUUAAGAGAAUAUUUGACAAUACAAAACAUGGAUCAGGAAUAUUAAUACAAACACCCAGCAAGUUUGGAAAAUCUACCAACUUAAAUAUGGUCAAACGUUUCUUCGAAAUCAAUCUUGACGACAAGGGUAAUAUUAUAACGAGUGAAGAUACGAAGAACUACAAGAUAUUUAGAAAUAACUAUUUGAACAUUUACAAAAUGAGGCAGUUUUUCGACAGGCACUUUGGCAAAUAUCCCGUCGUUUUUAUAGACUACAAACCACUCAGCAAGGUCGUUACUGUGGAACAGAUGUUGGCGGUCUUCUUCAGGGAAGUGAUGUCAGAAACCUUUUCUCCGCACAAGUACUUAUUGAACGAUCCUUACCUGUGGCAACAUAAUAGAACUUUAAGUUGGAUAGACAGAGAUAAGUUUGAACGGUUCGUAAAUCCCGAACUGAAUAAGAAGUUGACGGAAACUGACAUAAGAACUGGAUUCAGUUUCCUGUGCAAACUUUUGCACAAGCGAUACGAGACGCCGGUGGUGGUAUUGGUCGAUAACUUCGACAGUUUCGUUGAUAGUCCCUUGUACGCUCAGAACUCCGACAUAUUCCACCUGAUGAGUGCGGUGAACUGUGAUUUACUGCGAUGUGAUAGUGUGGGGCGAUCUGUGGUGACGGGGUUGAUACGGGGUUCAGGUCCGACGGUAGCAGUAGGGGAGCUCCUGCCCGCUAACAUCGGGGAGGCACGUCAGGUGUGGCCGUACUUUGGGUUGAGUGGUUCCGAACUGGGGGAGCUUUUGGUUCCGAUCAUCAGCGAUCCUGAGGCAAGGGAGAAGGCCAUCGGUAGAAUAGUUCACAGUUACAGCGGUUACAGUGUUGCCACGUUCGAGGUAGGAGAGGACGGCAGUGGACAACUAUUGGACUCUCAGACCUGCAGCGUGUGGUCGGUCAUCAAGUACAUGGAGAAAGAACUGGCUGUAGAGAACUUUAGCUCUAUGGUAUGACCGUAAACAUUCAAGUAUGGUACAUCGGAUGAAUAGUCUUGAGGUACAGCGGAUACCGGGUUGCCAAAUUUGAGUUGGGAAGGAACAGAAGAAUACACCCAUUGAACAUUCAGACCUAUCACUUUGGUCCGUUAAGGUUUUGAUAGGUUAAGAGUUUGUUCAGAAGUUUUAAGGUAUUGAUCGUGAGAUGCUUGGAGAGAACAGAGGAUGAAGAAACCUUGCUGUCUGGUGUGACAAAGGGAAAUAUAACUGACAAACAUCGUAACAGUUGUAGAUUGUUCUAAUGGUUACAUGUUUGCUAUGUUUCAAGUGGAAGAAUGUGUAAGAGAAUAGACAUUCGGCAGGGCAGAAUAUGAUAAAAACAGUAUCCAGUUGUCGAUUAUCAUGGAGAGGGCUGAAGAUAAACAGCAUGUGCAAACAACGAGAACCUUAAGUGACAGACAUUAAGCUGGUAGCUCAUUGUUGCAAUGGGUACAACGUUUCCCGUUCAAGAUGAUGAGAGGCCUAACAAUAAACAAGAGUUUAACUUUAAUGGAUCAAGCACUAUCAAGACAACAACAGAAUAUCUUCUGUAUGUGUUUGAUAAUGUGCAGUUUUGCCAGAUAUCAAUAUUCCAGAUGAAAGACGUCGUAAAAGGAAAACUACUUGGAAACACAGCUGUAGUAUGGAAAUAAAACUAAUCAGGACAAUUAUGCUUCCAUUAUAACUUUUUCUCUAAAUCCCUCUGGGAGCGUAGCGGUCUACGUGUUAAAAUACUUUUUCAUGUGUUAUUUCAACAUGAUGUAAAGUGUUAUAGCUUUAUUUGUAACGGGUAAAAUAGCAUUAUGCCAAUGCCGGAAACAAAUUGGCAUCCUGUAUAAUAAAAGCUUGCAAGAAACUACA